ACUUGGCACCGAAAUGAUAAGCACAGCAUAACAGGUGUCCUUGGGCACACGUGUGCACGCACCACGGGAACUGCUCUUUUAAAUCCACCUGUUCACGCGCCUUCCUGUGCUCUCUGCUGCUGGGAGGCUUUUCUGGGAGAAAAAAAACAGCAUUUAUUAACGGCUUGUGCAUGAAGUGGGGAAGAGCUCCUCUCAGCAGCAUCACAGCACAGCAGAUACAGCAGGGCUCCUUCUGCCGCUGUGAAUGGAUUGCUUAUAGAUUUACCUCUAAGGGAUGGUUCUGCGCAUAACCUCCUCACAUCAGUUUUUGGAGAAAGAAGCUGCAUUUCUGUGACUGCAUGAUCACCUCAGCAGCACUGUGUACAGUGAUCGCUGAUCAUGUCAAGUGCACUGAUUUGAGACCGCUUUGACUUCAGUCACAUUGCCCUUGCCAGAUGGACGCCCGGCCGAGCGUCUAGAAAGGAUUUCUGCAACAGUUUAUGGCAAACAUUGUGAAGCUCAUGGUACCGGUACCGCCUCGGUCUGUCAUGGCACCGUGAGAACUUUCAUCGUGGCCCCUCUUUUCCCCCACUUUAUAUUUUAGAUGUUUGUCGGUGGGAUUGUCAUUAUCUGGGAAAUUAUCCACCGUUUGCUUUUUCAAUUAUGUUCACUUUUGCUGCCUUCUGCUACAUGCUGUCUCUGGUCCUUUGUGUAUCUCUGAUCUUCUUUGCAAUAUGGCACAUAACAGCUUUUGAUGAGCUCCAGGCUGACUUCAAGGUGCCAAUCGAUCAGGGCAAUCCCCUUCAUGCGAGGGAGAGACUGCGAAACAUCGAGAGGAUCUGCAACCUGCUGAGGAAGUUGGUGCUACCAGAGUACUCCAUCCAUGGGCUCUUCUGUAUCAUGUUCCUGUGUGCCCAGGAGUGGCUGACUGUGGGCCUCAACAUCCCCCUGCUCUUCUAUAACACAUGGAGCAGGUACUUCCAUUCCCCAACAGACACUAAGGAGCUGCUCUACGAUCCAGCAUCCGUGAUGAAUGGUGACACGCUCAAGUUCUGCCUCAAAGAAGCCUGGUGCAAGCUGUCCUUCUUCGUCCUCUCCUUCUUCUACUAUCUCUACUGUGUGUGGAACCUGGAAAUAUCCCUCUAAUAGGUCUUAUCAGUGGGAACACUUAAAGUAUGAUCUCCUCCUUGGUUACCUCAUAACAACUGAAUUAUCAGCAACUGCUGAGAAACAGGAACGCCUCUGGACAUGCAGAAUGCCAUUUGUGUCAGUCUAGAAUUGAAUGACAGGAAAUUUAAAGUAAAAUAAAACGAAAAGGAAACAUUCUAUUGCUGUGACGUCAGUGAAUAUGAUGCAGUUGAAUUUUUUUUUUCCGCUUUGGCCCCAAAAGGAGAAUAUUUAUUCUUUACUGUAUAUAAAAACUGAAAUCUGCUGUUUACAGUUUGAAUGGUCACAGAAAGACUUGAAUUAAUCAUUGCCUGGCCAGCAUUUGUACCACACACAAACACAUCCACAGCGUCCUCUGGAGUGCUACUGUAGUCACUGCACAGUGCUGGUAUCCCAGAGGACAAAGAGCGCAGUAGUAUUUGCACAGUUUGUCUCAGGCACAGAAAGGUGAAACACUGUCCAGCCCAGAACCACUCACCGACCCUCAGUCAUUCCACGUCAAUGUCUCACUAACCAUAGCUCCAUCGGUGAGUCAGAAACAAGGGAUAGGCGGACGAGUGGACAAAUGGAUCACACCGUACAGAAAAUAAAGAGGCAGCAGGACAGAGAAUUCUGUUUCAUUUCCUCUGGACAGCACAUAAAGCCCAAGGCUUGUGGAUUUCUCUUUCUAACAUUAUGUGAUUGGCUUUUGUGAUGUGUGCAUUUUGGUGUAUUCUUUAAAAGAGGCAUUUCUAAUCAAUCUACAGCAAAGGUAUUCUAUACAGCAAAUACCUUCUUAGUGUUGUCCUAGUGUUGUUCUGUUGUGGGAAACAUUUCUAAAAUGGAAGUAAAUAAACUGAAACCUGUCAAAGCUAGAAGAGUAGAAGAGCACACAUUCUUUGCACAAAUAGUGACUUUGAUCUUGCACAAUAUUUGCAAUAUUUUAUUAUAUAUUAGGGAUCAUUUAUGAUAGUUUAGUCACACAGGUGAAGGUCUUCCAACAUGUAAAGAUACAUCCAACCCUAUUUGAAGAUGGGGAGACAAUGUGAAUCUUUUCUAGCUCUAUUUACACCAUGGGCCAAAAUGUUGUCCUUUUCAGUAUUUAAAUUAAUUAAUUUCUGUCUAUUUGUGAGAUACCAAUUGCUUGUCUCCAUGUCCUGGUUUAAAGGUCUUUCUAUAUAUUCACAUUACGAUGAGACCGAGUUAUCAGUGAAUAAAGCAGAAGAUGGAAAUGGUGCCUAGCAUUAAUGUCUUUCUCCUUGAUUUGAAUAAAAGCAACUGUAGCAACUGUUGAUUCCCAGAAAUAAAGCGGCUCCCUUCAUAUACAAAUUAGAAGUCAGUUAGCUAAUCCCUGCAGCUGCAAGGAAUUCAUUGUCUUGCUCACAGACACUUCUGCAGUGAAGCAGCUUGAACCUGCCAUGUGUAGCACAGUUUUCUAAUCGCUAGGCCACUCUGUAGAACAUCACCACAGGCCUCACUUGAUGAGCUCACUCAAGCUGAAACUCAAGGAGCAGAUAAGAAUGCUCAUUUCUUGUUGUCUUCUCUUAUUCUAAGUCAAGCAUUUUAUAUUCUUAAUGUGUAUGUGACCAACCAAGUGGAAGUCAGAUACUGUUUAUGAAAUAAAGUAUUUUAAAAUCAAAUUCUUGGUGGCUGUACUUCCAGUGCCUUCCAGUACUUUUUCAUAUAUCAUGUUCUAAUUAGAUUAUACAUGCAGAUGUACAGAAUUAUCACAAGGGAACAUGGGAGGAAGGUGGUGAGGGGUAGAAGAGAAUGAAUGGGUAAAUCCCAAUUCCCUUAAUUGCAUCUACUUUACCCUCACUUAACUUUUUCUUGUGUCUUAGUCUCGCCUGCAUAAGAUGUGAGUGUCAUGAUUCCAUUUCUUCUGCUUCCAGUAUCAUUGCAGCUACGGACUCUUUACCCUAAUCAGUGACAACUGUUUGCACCUGUUUUCAGCCCUUUAUAGGCAACUUCCUCCCACCAGGAAGCUGCCAGAUUGUUUUAACCCAUGUUCAAACUUUCCAGCGGUUUUUAUUGUGCGUGUUAUUCCAGCUAUGACCCCGGACUGCCUAACCCUUCUGAUUGUGUCUGUAUCCUGUGCACCGACUUACAUACUUCCCUUAUUGACCGUUCUUCUUGUGGAUACCUUGGAUGUGUGAGUUUGCUGGCUCUGAUCCUGGACUGGAUUAUUGACCUGAGAGUGCUACAUGUUGAAUGGAUAAUGUUGACUCCUGCAUUGUGUAUCGUUUGUUUCUGACCAGUACUCUGAUUAAAGAGACAGUGUUCUGCUUUUACUGAUCUGGCCUUCUAAUUGAGUUCACCCUCAAUAUUAUCUGCAGCUUUACACAUUCUCCUCGCUAUCAGGGACAACGUGUGAAGAGAGACAAAUCAACAAAACACCUUUACAGAGACAUGACAUGUCCUUUCAUCCAGUCUUUCAUCUUUAGCGUCUAAUCACCAACUGAUUUCCAACUGAGAUCCACAAUUAUUCACACGUCUGUGUAAGUGUGACAUAUACAGUACUAAAAAAAAGGUGUGUGUGUGUGUGUAAGCAAGUGUGUACCCGAGCUGUAGCAGGCAGGAAUUGACAGAUUGGUAACAGCCUCUCUUCCCAGUAUUCACCUGGGUGCUGUCCACAUCAUUAGCAUAUAUUUCAUCGAAAUUAAAUCAGGCGCACACUGCUGACCUUUUGCCCCCCAUCGUGUGUGGAUGUGUGCAGACUGGCAGUGAUGUAUUUGGAUUAACCCCCCUUCUGCGCCUCCUCCUCUCACCUCCCCCUGUUUCUGUUCUCUUCCCCAAAUCCUUGCCAAUAUCCAGCUGUCCCCAUAAAGCUGUGAAAUGACAUUGAGCUCUCGUCCUGCGGCUCUGGCAUACUGUGCUCAGCUGUCUGGAACCUCAGCUUUGUCUGCAAAUCUCUCUCUGUUUGUUUGACUUAUCACAGCGAGGGAGCCAGUUUUAAUCUUGCUCUUUCUCUAUGUGAGAGCCCAACAGACAUUGGGAGGAAGCCAGAGUGCCUGGAGAGAAUCCAUGCAGGCACAGGGAGAAUAUGUAAACUCCACACAGAAAUGC